AUGACAUCCAGCUGCUUGCCAGCCUCUGUCAAGAGCUGCCCCCGGCCUUCCUCUGUCUGCUCCAGCAGCAUGAGCUGCCGGCCCGAGCUGUGCCUGGGUUACGUCUACCAGCCCAUGACCUGCGUGCCCUCUGUCUGCAUGCCCACCAGCUACCGGCCAGCCAGCUGCUUCCCCAAGACCUACCUAUCCAGCUCCUGCCGGCCCAGCAGCUGCCGGCCAACCAGCUCCAUGGGGACCUGCAGCUGGCUCUGUGAAGGGACCUUCAAUGGCAACGAGAAGGAGACCAUGCAGGUCCUGAACGACCGCCUGGCCAGCUACCUGGAGAAGGUGCGCCAGCUGGAGCAGGAGAACGCCAGCCUGGAGAGCAAGAUCCAGGAGGCCUGCCAGUCCCAGGUGCCCACCAUGUGUCCCGACUACCAGUCCUAUUUCAGGACCAUCGAGGAGCUGCAGCAGAAGGUUCUGUGCACCAAGGCAGAGAACGCCAGGAUGGUGGUGCACAUUGACAACGCCAAGCUGGCAGCCGAUGACUUCAGGACCAAGUAUGAGACGGAGCUGGCCCUGCGCCAGCUGGUGGAGGCCGACACCAACGGCCUGCGCAGGAUCCUGGACGAGCUGACCCUGUGCAAGGCUGACCUGGAGGCCCAGGUGGAGUCCCUGAAGGAGGAGCUGCUGUGUCUCAAGAAGAACCACGAGGAGGAGGUCAGUGCCCUCCGAUGCCAGCUUGGGGACCGCCUUAACAUCGAGGUUGAUGCCGCGCCCCCCGUGGACCUGAACAGGAUGCUGGAGGAGAUGCGUUGUCAGUACGAGACCAUGGUGGAGACCAACCACAGGGAUGUGGAGGAGUGGUUUAACAUGCAGAUGGAGGAGCUGAACCAGCAAGUGGCCACAAGCUCGGAGCAACUUCAGAGCUACCAGUCAGACAUCAUUGACCUGAGACGCACGGUCAACACACUGGAGAUUGAGCUGCAGGCCCAGCACAGUCUGAGGGACUCCCUGGAGAACACCCUGACGGAGACUGAGGCCCGCUACGGCUCCCAGCUGGCCCAGAUGCAGUGCAUGAUCGGCAAUGUGGAGUCCUCACUGGCUGACAUCCGGGCUGACCUGGAGAGGCAGAACCUGGAGUACAAGGUGCUGCUGGACGUCAAGGCCCGGCUGGAGAGCGAGAUCAACACAUACCGGGGCCUGCUGGAGAGCGAGGACUGCAAGCUGCCCUGCAACCCGUGCUCCACGACCUCCUGCCCGCCGUGUGCCCCGUCCCCGUGCCUGCCCCGCACUGUCCUUGUGCCGUGUGUGCCCUGCCCCCAGGGCCGCUACUGA